CGAUGCUCGAAAGUAAGCUUAGUUUUGUUUCAAAAAUUGACGUCUUCCUCCACACCGACACCCACAUAAUGAACUCUUUUCAACUGACCAUCAAUAAGAUCUUAUCCGAAACUCAAAAACAGAGACGUGUAUAGCUGGCAAGAACAGCAUUUAUUGAGAUCCAAGACGAGUAUAUAAACAAUGGCUUGUCCAAAGUUGCUUCGCAUUGUUCAUCAUCACUGAUCAAUUCAAAAAUGGCUGCUGUUUCAUCUUCUUUUGUGGUGUGGUUUCUGAUUCUGCUUCUUUCUUCUGCUAUCGCGUUGGCUCGAGGCCAAACCGUGCAAACCUUCACCUACGUCAACGAAGGCGAGUUCGGGCCCUACAUCACGGAGUACGACGCCAGCUACCGCGUCCUCCCCGUCGCCAGCUCGCCCUUCCAGUUCGCCUUCUACAACACCACUCCCGGGGCCUUCUACCUCGCCCUCCGCAUGGGCACCGUCCGGUCUGAGUCGCUGUUCCGCUGGGUCUGGGAGGCCAACCGCGGCCGCCCCGUCGGCGAGAACGCCACCUUCUCGCUCCUGUCCUCCGGCGACCUCGUCCUCGCCGAAGCCGACGGCCGCGUCGUCUGGUCGACAGGAACCGCUAACCGAGGCGUCGUCGGAUUCCGCCUACUGCCCACCGGAAAUGUCGUCCUCUACGACGCCAAGGGCCGGUUCGUGUGGCAAAGCUUCGACCACCCCACCGACACGCUUCUCGUCGGGCAGUCCCUCCGCCUCCGCGGCCCUAACAAGCUCGUCAGCCGGAGAUCCGUCGUCGACGGCUCCUUCGGCAUCUACAGCCUCGUGUUCUCGCCCGGCGGGAUUACCCUGUACAUCAACAGCGUGGCUGCCAGGCCGCUCGCGUACUACAACUACUCCGACGGCUUGCUCAGCUUCUCCGGCGAGUCGGUCACGUUCGUGUGCGAGCCCGAGACGGAGGACGCGUUCGCAUGGGAGUGCAGACUGAUCAUAAACCUGGCGCGUCCCAAGUACAACGCCACCUUAUCGUUCCUCCGCCUGGACGUCGACGGAAACUUGGCGGUGUACACGUACUACGACCCGGUGGACACCCAGGCGUGGGAGCGGACCUUCGCCUUCUUCGACGACGCGAGGGGCUGGCUCGCUGGAUGCGCACUGCCGAGCCGCUGCGGCGAGUUGGGGGUGUGCGAGGACCAGAUGUGCGUGGCGUGCCCGAGCAGGGGCGGACUGGUGGGGUGGAGCAGGGGAUGCGCGCCGCCGAGCCUGGCAGGCUGCAAAGCAGGGGACACGGCGGCGAAGUACUUCAAAGUGGAAGGGGUGGAGAACUUCCUGAGCACGUACAGCAACGGCGAAGGGAAAUUGAAGGUGGAGGAGUGCAGGAGGAGAUGCAGCGCCGACUGCAAGUGCAGAGGGUUCUUGUUCUGGGAGAACGAAUCGAGGUGCUGGCUGACGCCGCUGCUGGGGACGUUGAGCAGGGUGUCGAACUCGUCGCACGUCGCAUAUGUCAAGUACUUGAAGUAGAAGAAGAAGAAGCUGAUUCCGAUGAACAUUGCAGUGAAUAAUAUGAUCGAAGUUCAUCACUGCUUCAGUGAAUAAAUGAAAAUUUGUUCGUGAUUAAA